GUUGACGACAAUGCAAUAGUGAGCUAUGAGGAAGUUUUCCAUCUGUUUGAACACGAGCAGGCACUUUGCGAUCAUCAAGGUCUCGAAGACCAAGUUGUCGUGCGGCGCAAAGUCUCUCAGCAAGCAAGGACAUAUAUUGCAGGUCAUUGUACCAGUUUGCCGUCUUCUUGACCAAUUGGCCUAUUUGGGAGAACAGAGCUUGACAAGAAAAGAGCGGACAAGCUGCUUAAGCGAAAACGACGCUUACGAGAGCAGAAGCACUCUUUAUGGAUAGCUGAGGGCUAUCGAAUCCAGUAUAAAUAGCUUCUAGAUUUGAUUUUGAGCGGAUUUUGGCCUCUGUUCACUUGAUAACAGUGAUUGACUUGUGUGUUGUCUGCCUCUUAGCGUGGCUCAGUGAUCCGCCUCUCCAUAUCCGCUAAUUUUCCUCCGGUGUGCAAGUUUGGAAGUCGGUUGGCUCCGGUAGUCCGCCAUGCUUGGAGAAUUUCUCACGGUAAUCCGCCGGUUGGUUCUGGU